UCGUCAGGUUGAACAUCAGAUGUUUCUCGUCGUGUUUCAGCUUCCACAUCCAGCUCUACAACGUGGACAGCCUGCUGGCGUGCGUGCUGCCGUAUCACGACACCAACGUGUUCGUCCGAGUCCUGCAGCUCCUCAAAAUCAAAGACGCCACCAACCGCUGGAACUGGCUGCACGUUCUGCAGAAACCAGGCGUGCCGCUGUCCAGAGGGACGCUCGUCACUCACUGCUACACAGACCUGAGCUUCAUGGACUUCAUCUGCACCAUGGUGACCACGGCCAUCCAG